UAAGAUUAGAACAACGAAACAAGGCAGAGAUUGAGACGAGAGAGAGAGAGAGAGAGGAUGUUCUGAGAGAGACCAAAGAUGGUUGAAGAGAGGGUCCUCUGAGAUCAUCCUGGAAAGGGGAAGUAAAAGGCAAAAAAAAAUUAAAUUAAUUUUUUUCUUUGCUACCGCCUACCCUUUUUGAGUCUCAAUCGUCAUCCCCCCCACAAAAUAAAAAAUCCUUUCUUGUUGUCAAUACAAUCUACCCUCCUCUCACCAAUAACAGGGUUACCAUUGCAUUGCUACCAACAACAACAACAAGAGCUAUAGCAGAAGCAGCUCGUAAAGUUGUUAUUCUUCUGCACCCUUUUUUGUCACGUUUACAUGCUCCCCACAUUGAUUUGUGGAGAUAACAGGAGGAAAAUAGCCUGCUAAGGCGGGGUAGAUGCACAUUUCCGCAAAAAGGGUGUAGAGAGACAAUUAAAAACUGCAAAAAUGACAGACACAGAUGCGGCCAUUACCGAAUUCGAUGAUUUUACAUUUGUUUGUAAUGUAGUUGAUGCGUAGUUGUUUGUUGGUGUUGUUGUUAUUGAGUUAAAAGGGUAGUUUUGUAUAGAAAAACCUGGCGUUUUUGUAUUGCAUCCUGGCUAUUGGAAUAUAUUAUCGCUAUCUCCACCACUGCAAAGUUUGGUUCAUGAAGGAAUGGGGGGUAGCUGGAAACCAAUUGUAUUCCAGUUCCAAUGUUUCUUCUUCCUGAUUCUCGGUCUCGAUAUUCAAGGGUCUAGGGCGCUUAAUGAUGAAGGAUUGGUAUUAUUGGAAUUCAGGGCGAGAGUGACUUCUGAUCCUUCUAAUGCCUUUGCAAAUUGGGAUACUAAUGACAGCAAUCCAUGUUCAUGGCUGGGAGUUUCUUGUGUUGACGGUAAAGUGCAAAUGGUGGACUUCGAUGGGCUUUCUUUGGAAGGGACCUUGACACCUGAGUUUGGCAAACUUAGCCAUCUAAGAUCUCUUGUGCUUUCCAGAAACAAUUUCUCUGGUGGCAUCCCUAAAGAGUUGGGAGGGCUUAUGAAGCUGGAGUUAUUGGAUUUGAGGGAGAAUAACCUGAGUGGAUUGAUUCCGACAGAAAUAGGUGGAAUGCUGUCUCUAAAACGCUUGUUGCUUUGUGACAAUAAAUUUGAAGGUAGCAUUCCGAUGGAGAUUCGAAGGCUCAACUUACUCUCUGAAUUGCAGUUGGACGAAAACCUUACAUCUGCUAUGGAGACUGACGUCAGCUGUUUAAACAGGAAGUUUGGACACUGCAUCUGGCAGAGCAGUUUGACACAACUGAAUAAGACAGAUUCAUUAAUAAUCCCCAUAAAAGGAGCUGUUCUACAAUAUCUCAGUGCCUUGCAGCUGCAGCUGUCAAAAAUUGGGAAGGACUCCCUGCUUGCUGGUCAAGAUGAGUGCUGUGACGAGCAAGCUGGAUCAUCUGAGCCACACAUUAUCGACAAAGGAGAGAACGUUGUCAAUUUUGCACGUCGUAGACUACUUGAACAGUCCAGUAACCUUGCCGCUGCUCCUGCUAGAGGUGGGUCUUUCAAUGGGCAGAUUAUUGCGCUUCCAACAACCCGAAGCAGUGGAGCUUUCCCAGCUGUACCGAAUAGGAGUAAGAAACAGUCUCCUCCACCUUCAUCGCUGCCUUCACCUGUUGAUCCUUCUUCGCAAGGGACAACCCAGUCUUCCAAAACCCCCAGUGACGUGGGAGAACCAACUGAUCAACAAUCCAGUAGAAAUGUCUGGAGUUAUUUCUAUAUCAUUCCAAUUGUGGCUGUCUUGAUCAUUAUUAGCGCAGCAUUGUUUUUCAUGUGCCGGAAAAAAGGAGUGAGAAACAUAGGUCCUUGGAGGACCGGAUUGAGCGGACAGUUGCAGAAAGCCUUUAUAACAGGAGUUCCCAAUCUGAAUCCAUCGGAGUUGGAAACUGCCUGUGAGGAUUUCAGCAAUAUAAUUGACACCAUUGAUGGUUGCACUGUGUACAAGGGAACAUUGUCCAGUGGAGUUGAGAUCGCUGUUGCUUCAACUGCUGCUAUAUCUUCCAAACACUGGUCAAAAAAUGCAGAAAUCGCCUUCCGCAAAAAGAUUGACACACUGUCACGAAUCAACCAUAAAAACUUUGUCAAUCUCAUUGGUUACUGUGAGGAGAAUGAACCUUUCAAUCGGAUGAUGGUGUUUGAAUAUGCUCCAAAUGGAACCCUUUUCGAGCAUCUCCAUGUUGAGGAAAUGGAACAUCUUGACUGGAGUGCAAGGAUGAGGGCUAUUAUGGGAACUGCUUACUGUCUACAAUAUAUGCACCAUGAUCUAAAUCCUCCUGUAGCACAUUCCAACUUGAGUUCAACUUCUAUCUAUUUGACUGAUGAUUAUGCUGCCAAAAUAGCUGAGAUCAGUUUCUUGCCAAGAGUUGCACCCAAAACGAAGAAUUCAGACAACGAUGAUUCAGAGCAUUCUGUAUUGCCACCUCUUGCUGAUCCGGAGACAAACGUCUACAGUUUUGGGAUAUUGUUGCUAGAAAUUAUAUCAGGGAAACUCCCAUACUCAGAAGAACAAGGUCCUCUAGAGAAAUGGGCUACGGAGUAUCUGAACGACAAGAGGAGCAUAAGCAAUAUGAUUGAUCCAACCCUCAAGUCAUUCAAAGACAAUGAACUUCUUGUCAUCUGUGAAGUUAUCCAGGACUGCAUAAAUCCUGAUCCAAGGCAGAAACCAACAAUGAGGGAUGUGAUUCCCAAACUGAGAGAAGUGAUUUCUAUUUCACCUGAUCAAGCAGUACCAAGACUUUCUCCUCUCUGGUGGGCCGAACUCGAAAUCUUGUCUGUGGAGGCAACUUAAAAGGGAUAAUCUGACACUCUUCUUGGAUUUGUUAUCCAAAUGCUGAGGAUAUACAAAUCCUAUCAGUACCCAGGCUUUCAUAUAUCUUAUCUUAUCUUCUUCCUUUUUUGUCUCAUUGUUCCUUAUUUGUCCUAUGAUUCAGUGAGUUGGAAUUUUUUUCCCCAGUUUCUCCUAGCCUUUCCCUUGCAAAUACUCUUGAAUACUUAUUAUCUAAUGUUCGAUCAGUACUCAGUAGGGCAUGUACUGACUUAUGCAGCAUAUACAUAUAUAUGUGUGUAUUGUCUGAUUAAAGCUUGUGAUGUAAAUGAUAUUAACAUAACACUGGGAGCAUCUGUUGAAGAUAAUUCAUUUUCAACCUUCUCUCUUUGACAGAGAAGAUAUGGUGCUCAUGUAACUUCUGAUUUGUCAUAAUGUAUUCAACUGAACAUUGUUAA